GGCGUGCGGUGGGCGGGGCGCCCGGCGGGGUAACGGUCUGGGCCGGGGCCGGGAGCGGGCCCGGCGCCGUGCAGCCUCUCUUCUGCUCCCGGCCGGCCCGGCGCUCCGACAAGAUGGCCUCGGCGCCGGCGCCCGCCUGAAGGCGCCGACCCCGUGAUUGCGGGCCCGCGGGCGGGUCCCUGCGCCACCGCCGCGGGCGCCGGAGCGCGCUCGGCCAGCAGUUCUGUGGUGUUCUUGGUCACACAUUUAUGGAGUUUCUGAAGGGCAGUGGAGAUUACUGCCAGGCACAGCACGACCUGUAUGCAGACAAGUGAACUGUAGAAAUUCAUUACUACUCCACCAAGAAGCCCCCGUAAGAGUGGUUAACCUGGACACAGAAGUGUUGAAUUGAAAUCCACAGAGCAUUUUACACGAGUUCUGACCUGGAUGGGGUAAACCUCAGUGCACUUCCUUUCUCUUGCCUCAGUAUUACUGGAUUGAAGAAUUGCUGCUUCUUGUUAGGAGGUUCAUUUCAUUUCCCAUUACCCCCAGCUUCAUACUCAAAGCACUGAGAAUUUCAAGUGGAGUAUAUUGAAGUAGACUCAGUUUCUUUGCAUCAUUUCUAUAUUCAGUUUUUUAAAUUCUUUCAUAACCCUACUGAGUGUUUUUAAACUAAAUUAACAUGGCUCGAAUGAACCGCCCAGCUCCUGUGGAAGUCACAUACAAGAACAUGAGAUUUCUUAUUACACACAAUCCGACCAAUGCAACCUUAAACAAAUUCAUAGAGGAACUUAAGAAGUAUGGAGUUACCACAAUAGUAAGAGUGUGUGAAGCAACUUAUGACACUACUCUCGUGGAGAAAGAAGGCAUCCAUGUUCUCGACUGGCCUUUUGAUGAUGGUGCACCGCCAUCCAACCAGAUUGUUGAUGACUGGUUAAGUCUUGUGAAAAUUAAGUUUCGUGAAGAACCUGGUUGUUGUAUUGCUGUUCAUUGUGUUGCAGGCCUUGGGAGAGCUCCGGUGCUUGUCGCCCUAGCAUUAAUUGAAGGUGGGAUGAAAUAUGAAGAUGCAGUACAGUUCAUAAGACAAAAGCGGCGUGGGGCUUUUAACAGCAAGCAACUUUUGUAUUUGGAAAAGUAUCGUCCAAAAAUGCGGCUGCGCUUCAAAGACUCCAACGGUCAUAGAAACAACUGUUGCGUUCAAUAAAACUAGGGUGCCUGAUGCCAUUGCCUAGAGAGGAGCUUGAGACAGGACCUAAGUUAUCGUACAUGUUAGCCAACCUGUUGGCUUGGUGGCUAAGUCUAAGGAAGCUUCCUAGGAGUAUUAAAAAGCAGUUUUACCAGGCCACAAGCUUAACAGAAUUGUAGCCUCUAUGUUUGGUUUACGAUCAACCUGUUUGGACACUUAGCAAAAAGAUUAUUGCUGUUCAGCAUUUAAAAUGUAUUUAUCAUUUGUACCAAUUGACCUUUUCUGAAAUCAUGCAGUGUUGAGUUGUGUCUUCAAAAUUCCCAUGCCAGAAUCUUAUCAAUAUAUAAGAAAUUUAGAAAGAUUAGGUGCCAAAAUACCCAGCACAAUACUUGUAAAUUUUUCGUAUCCUACAGAAACUAAAAUCCCAGGAACUAUGAACACUCUGGACCUUGUGUGGUUUAUUCCUUCAGCCAUUUCAAACAUGAAAGUAGGGCCUGUAUGGUUACUUGCCUGCUCACUUUACGUUUACAUCCCCCACGUUCAGACCAGUGUACAUCAGGUUUGCUCAAUUUUCUUUUUUUUUUGGAUUUUUACCAAGUCUUACAGUUAUUAUUUAAUGUCUUUCUAUAAAAGUCAUUUUGUGCUGUUAUGGGAAACCUCCAUUUUGAAAAUCUACAUUGUACAGAAGCACAUGUCUUUAAUGUCUCCAGACAAAAAAGCCUUACAGUUAAUUUUAAUGUUUGCACUUUGGGGUGCAACUUACAGGGAGGGCCUGAAAAGAAUGGGAGGGGGCUUUAAGUAUUUUUAGUAAAAUGUUGCCUUUGUCUUGUGCAGAACAUGUAGAAUAUGCUCUUUAAUUUAGUAAAUAUUUUUUUAAAAGUUAGAGAUGCUUUGUUAUUGUAGCUAAAGCAAUUCUUAAUCAUAAAAUUUCUGAAAUUCUUGUAAUUUUUUUUCAUACUUAUCUGAAGUUGUUUACCAACUUAUUUUUGUUUGAAGUGUGAUUUUUCUUUUCCUUCUCUUCCCAACCUCUCUUGCAAAAACAAAAAGUGGGUUUCUGCUAAUGAAUUGAGCAGAUAUCUAAUAUUUUAUAUGCCUUUUGAGCUGUGUAACUUAAUAUUUGGAUACUUGAUAAUUUGUUUUAUUAUGUAAUUGAUAAAAUGGUGAUGUGUAUUAAUGUUAGUUCAACCAUAUAUUUAUACUGUCUGGGAAUGUGUGGUUAUAGUUCUGUGGGAGAAAUAAUUUGUCAGUGUUCACCAGCUUGUAAAAAUCUAGUGCGAGAGCUUAAACAUCUAAAUAAAUAAUGAAAUGCAUCUAUCAUCAUUGAAA